AUGCUCUGUAUGAAGGUUUGGUCAGCAGUUUUUUCACCGUUAGCCCCACCAACACAUUGUGGCGAUACGAAUUACUUUGAACGGUGGAAGACAAAGUUUUCCGCCCUAGUUCAGUCUGAAAAGCCGGUUACUGACGACCACUCUAGUCUCGUGUCUGCAUCUGAGCUUCCAGAUGUAGAUGGAGAACAGAAGGGCGGCAAACGUAAAAAGGUUCCUGCUUUUUUUCCUUAUCAUGAUGGCAUUAAGCUUGUCACUGUGGAGGAAUUACAAGAGGCGCUCUUCAAGCGAGAGCUGGAGUUUAAUAAACGUGUAGAACAGUUGUUACAGGAGAAUCGAGAAUUGAGAAGUGAAUUGCUUUUGCGGGCUCACCGACCAUCACAACGAGGCCGAAUAAAGAGGUCUUUGAUUGAUAUGUACUCUGAAGUUUUGGACGAACUUUCGGACUUGGAUUCUGGCUAUAAUGCUCAGAGGUCUUUGAUUGAUAUGUACUCUGAAGUUUUGGACGAACUUUCGGACUUGGAUUCUGGCUAUAAUGCUCAGGAUCAACUUCCUCGUGUUGUGGUCGUUGGGGACCAAAGUGCUGGGAAAACCUCUGUUCUGGAGAUGAUUGCGCAGGCACGGAUUUUCCCACGCGGAUCUGGUGAAAUGAUGACGCGAUCGCCUGUGAAGGUGACUCUCUCUGAAGGACCAUAUCACGUGGCGUCGUUCAAGGACAGCCCACGUGAGUAUGAUUUGACCAAGGAAUCCGAAUUAGCUGCCCUCCGGAGAGAUAUUGAGAUGCGUAUGAAAGCCCUGGUCAGUGGGGGGAAGACAAUCAGUUCUGAGGUGAUUUCUUUGAAUGUUAAGGGCCCUGGUCUACAACGCAUCGUUCUGGUAGACUUGCCGGGAAUUAUUUCCACCGUAACGACUGGUAUGCAAGCCGAUACACGUGAGACCAUCCAAAAAAUGGCCCGGCAUUACAUGGGCAAUCCAAACGCUAUUAUCUUAUGUGUCCAAGAUGGCAGCAUUGAUGCAGAACGCAGCAAUGUGACCGAUCUAGUUUCCUCUGUUGAUCCAACUGGAAAGCGAACCAUAUUCGUGCUCACCAAGGUGGAUUUGGCUGAGGCCAACCUUUAUAAUCCAAAUCGGAUUAAACAGAUUCUCGAAGGGAAGCUGUUUCCCAUGAAAGCUUUGGGCUACUUUGCCGUCGUGACCGGGAAAGGGUCCAAGGAUGAGAGCAUUGAGAGCAUCAAAGAAUACGAAGAGGAUUUCUUCCGCAGUUCCCGUCUCUUCAGAGAAGGGACACUCCAAUUGUCUCAGAUGACCACAGCGAACCUGAGCAAAGCAGUUUCUGAGUGCUUUUGGAAAAUGGUAAAAGACUCAGUUGAACAGCAAGCGGACACUUACAGAGCGCUUCGGUACAACCUCGAAGCCGAGUGGAAAAAUUCGUUCCCACAUCUCCGAGAAAUGGAUCGUGAGGAGUUGUUCGAAAAGGCCCGCACGGAAAUACUUGACGAUCUGGUUACUCUGAAUGGAAUUAGUGCUGCCACAUGGGAGAGCAGCCUACGCAUGCAACUCUGGAACGAUUUGGCAGAUCACGUUUUUACAGAGAUAUUUGAACCGGCACAACAGCUGGAUGAUCUAGGCGCGUUUCAAACAAACAUCGACAUUUGGCUUCGUGAUUGGGUUGAAAAGGAUUUACCGAAGACCGCAGUCAAUGUGGGCUGGAAAACGCUAUACAGCCAGUUGGAAAACAAGUUGAGUUCCGUUCAACACUCUCCUGGUCACGAUAAAAUUUUUGACCAGCUAAAGAAGAAGGUCCUUCAGGAGACACGGAAUAGGCACACUUGGGACCACAAGGCGGAGAAUCGUCUGCGAGUUAUUCAAUCUAAUGCCUUGGACGACCGCACAGUUCAUGACAAAGCACACUGGACCAGUGCUGUCGAAUUUCUGGAGCGGGCUUUGAAGACUCGUUUAAAAUCAGUCAACCAGUCCAUAUCCGAUCUUUGUGGCCCGGACCGUCUUGCUCGUUGGAUCAAAUGGCAGAAUUUGUCUCCCGAACAGCGGCAACGUCGUGAAGUAGUUCAUGAAAUCUCUACACUGCUAUCUUCGUACGCAAGACCUAGUUCUAAAAUCACACCUGACGAUCUGACUACUAUUCGUCGUAACCUACAGACCCGGAAUAUUGAAGUAACCGAUCAAAUGAUCAGUGAAACGUGGGAGCCCCUUGUUCAACGCGUAUACUUGGAACGCGCCCUUGAAAACUGUCAUGACUGCCGAAAGAGUUUCUACUACUACCAACAGGGAUUUCUGAAUUCUUCAAACGUACAGUCCAACUCCGAAGCAGCGCAUCUGUCAGCACAAGCCGAAUCAGAUCUCCAAGACAGCCUGAUGGGAGCGGGUGAUCCGAAUAGCCAUUUGAUGACUGAAUACUCCGAUUGUCGCGAAGUUCUUCUCUUUUAUCGCCUGAUGCGAAUGAUAGAAGCCACUGGGAAUGCUCUCCGUCAGCAAAUAAUGAACGAUGAAGCUCGGCGCUUGGAACACCAUGUCAAGCAAGUGCUUUCUGAGCUAUCCGAUGACCCCAUUGCGCUUCGUAAGCUAAUCACUGGCAGACGGGUGACAUUAGCGGAAGAACUAAAGCGUGUGCGGCAUCUACAGGAAAAACUGGAAGAAUUCAUCAGCGCGCUGAAUAAGGAUGACUGAAUAGACUUCAUUAGACAUUGCCACAUUAGCAGUGCUAAAAUGCAUUGUCAGCUAUGUUGAGAAGCGUGCCUAACACCAUCCCUUUAAUUAUUUCUUCGUUCUUUGGAGAGUUCACAAGCCAACGUACCUUCACUGGACAUUUCUGUCGAUCUGUCUACGGUCCGCCCUGAUUAGAAAGUUUGGAUCUUAUGUACCAAGAAAUGAACAGCAAUGCCAAAUAUAACGCCACAUGCCAUGCGUACCAUGUAUUUUUACUGCGCUCACAUUGUUUUCAGAUGAAAAUAAACGUUUUCUC